AUGAGUAUGGGAACACCAGCAGUUGUGAUGGACAAUGGUACCGGUUUGACCAAAUUAGGUUUCGCAGGUAAUGAUUCUCCAUCAUUUGUAUUCCCCACUGCCAUUGCUACAUCUUCAGCGUCAUCAAAAGCGGGUAAAACCACUAUCAGAUCAUCGAAUCUAUCGACUAAAAGAGGAUUGGAAGAUUUGGAUUUUUAUAUAGGAGACGAAGCCUUGGAAGCUGCUAGUGGACCACAAUAUGGUUUACACUAUCCAAUAAGACAUGGUCAGAUUGAAGAUUGGGAUCAAAUGGAAAGAUUUUGGGAGAGCUCUAUUUUUAAGUAUUUAAGGUGUGAGCCUGAAGAUCAUUAUUUUUUGUUGACUGAACCUCCAUUAAAUCCACCAGAGAAUAGGGAAAGUACGGCAGAGAUAAUGUUUGAAAGUUUUAAUUGCGCAGGAUUAUAUAUUGCAGUUCAAGCAGUUUUAGCUUUGGCUGCAUCAUGGACUUCACCAAAAGUUCAAGAUCGGUCAUUAAGUGGAACCGUGAUAGAUUCAGGUGAUGGUGUAACUCACGUUAUUCCAGUUGCUGAAGGAUAUGUUAUUGGGGCUGCUAUCAAAAAUAUACCAUUAGCUGGUAGAGAUAUUACAUCAUUCAUUCAACAAUUGUUGAGAGAUAGAGGUGAAGCUGACACAAGUCUACAAACAGCGGAAAAAAUUAAGCAACAGUUUUGUUACGUCUGUCCAGACAUAGUCCAAGAAUUCACUAGGUUCGAUCAAUAUCCCCAAGAAAAAUUUGCACAGUAUAUGGUUGAAUACACUGACAAAAAUAAAAAUAAAUUAGUCGAUGUGGGUUAUGAAAGAUUUUUAGCACCAGAGAUUUUUUUCAAUCCUGAAAUUUGCUCCUCAGAUUUUUUAACUCCUUUGCCAAUAGUUGUUGAUCAAGUUAUACAAGCUUCACCCAUUGAUGUACGAAAAAAAUUGUAUAAGAAUAUAGUUUUAUCGGGAGGUUCUACAAUGUUUAAAGAUUUUGGUAAAAGAUUGCAGAGAGAUUUGAAAGCUAUUGUUAAGGAAAGAGUUGGAUUAAGUGAGAAACUAAGUGGUGUUCAAAGUAGCGGAGUUGAUGUACAAGUAAUAUCACAUAAAAAGCAAAGAAAUGCAGUUUGGUUUGGAGGUUCAUUAUUGGCACAAACUUCGGAGUUUAAAAGUUUCUGUUUCACCAAAAGUGAUUAUGAUGAACAUGGUCCAAGUAUUGUUAGAAAUUUCUCAUUAUUUAGUGUACCAUAA